AUGCAAGGGAUCCAGAUCGACCCAGCCCUUCUCGCCUUCUUUCCCUCGACAUCGCGCCGGUCCCGCACCGCCCCUGCGCCCGUCAACGUCGGGAUCAUCCCGGCCGAGCAGGUCCCUUCGCAUGUCCACCAUCCACAGCGGAUUGGUGCGGGGCAUGGCGGGUCCGGGUCGAUUAUCGGCGUCGGUGUAGGAGUCGGCGUAGGGUUGGGCGUCGCGCCUGCACAACAAACCCCACAGGUACUGAGCGGCGCAGUCUUUCCUGCUUUUGAUAUCCCUAUCGACCCGGCUCUGUUCGAGCUGGAACAAGUCGUCCAGUCCGUCCGUGCCAAUCCCGUCGCGUCCACCUCAUACCUCGGAAGCCCAACUUCGGCCUCAGUCGACACCAGUCGGAAUAACAGACGGCGGGUCAGCAACCACGCCGCUUCUGCCUCUCAGCCCCAGACGCUCGGUCAGGCGGUAUCCGUCAUUGAUCCUUCGCUGGUCGGCGAGGGAGGUAACGCCGUUGCUGGACCGAGUAGGAGUACGGAGCUAGGGGAAGAAUUUGAUCCGACUAUCCGGGAGAUCGUCAAGAGCUUGACGAAUGCACAGCAGAAUCAAUCGCUAGAGAUGGCGCCGGCCGAUGUAGAUUCGACCGCCGCGCUCACACAAGCUCUGACGGACGCGCAGACCGUCGCGGCUAUCUCGGCGCACCUUGUCGCUGCAGAGGGGAUGGAUCAGGAUAUCCAGAAUACGCUGGAAGAUAUGACUUCUGAGCAGAUCAACUCAUUCUUUCCCCAAUCUCCAACCUCGCCCAGCUACCUCCUCCCAGACUACCCCGAACCCCCUCACGCUCACGCCGAAUCCAGCGCGCAAGCGCUCCGCCAUCAGAAUGCGAUCGGCCAAUCCGAGCUCGACCUGGCCAUGUCGACCGCGCUGCAGGCGCACGCCAUCCCCGCAUCAUCCGUCACUGGUCCCUCCCUCCCCGUUCGCGCCGAGUCCGUAGACUCUACCGACCCCUCUGCUCCUCCCAAGCGGAAACGCGGUCGUCCGGCCGGAUCGAAGAACAAGCCCAAACCAAAGACCCAAGCUCAAUUGGACCUCGAGGCAGAGAGUAGUCUCGCCACCCCUCCUCCCCCGUCUAAAAAGGCGCGCAAGCAGACCGAAGGCCCUCCGAAGCGCGUCGGCCGGCCUCCGAAAGUACGCACAGGUGCCGAGCUGGAGCAGUACCUCCAGCGCCAAGCGGAUGCUGCGGCGGGCGUAAAGCGAGCGAGGGGGCGGCCGAGAAAGUUCCCAGGGUACUUGAUCAGGGAUAUGAGAUUGAAGCAGAACAGAGAGGAGUUUAGGGAGGUGGUCAGGAGAUUUGCGGAUGGUGUGGACCCUGGGGAGGGGAUGGCCGGGGGCAGUCAGGAUGGGACAGGAGGAGGGCAAGGAUCCGGCAGGGGAGAGGGUCAGGAUGUAGGGGGUGAUGGACAGGGGUAUGGGCACGACGGAGAAGAGUAUGAUUGGGCGGAAGAUCCGCAGCAUCUCAUGGAUGCUGUGAAUGAUCAGAUGGGGGGUGGGGCGGGUGGGAUGGGGCUGGAUAUGAGCUUGGGGCUGGGGAUGGAGGGGAUGGAGGAUAUCAGAGGGGAGGAUGAGCCGAGUGCGGAUACGGGUCUGGGGAGGGAGGGGAUGGGGCAUGUGUUUGGGCUGGAGGGGGAGGAGUAG